AUGGCACUCAAGCUUGGAAAAUGUAGGCUGUGCCUCAAGCUUGGUGACUUUUAUUCCAUCUUUGCUGUGGACAACAACUUGCAGCUCUCUGAGAUGGUUAUGGAAUGUGCACGCGUUAAAAUUCAAGAGGGAGAUGGUCUUCCAGAUAAAAUUUGCAGUGAAUGUGUGCAGAAGCUAAGUAGUGCACACAUUUUUAAACAACAGUGUGAAAGGUCUGAUCAAGAACUUCGUCGAAAUUAUGAACCACCACCAGGAUUUAUCUCUGGAACGCCACCUCCAAUUGACAGACACAGCAGUGACUCAGCUUUCUCUUCUCAAACAGAGUCUUCCAAACCACGUUCUUCAAUUGAAAGCAAAGCUACACCCAUAAGCAGAGUACGUAAAAGAAGUAGAGAAAGCAUGGACAAUGCAUCUAUUACCAGUGUUUCCCAGGAGUAUCAACUGGUCAGCUCUAAGCGUGUUAAGGAACUGAGAAAGUCACAAAAAAAUAGAAAGAUGCAAGAUGAUAUUUCUGAUUAUGAGGACAAUCAGGCAUCAGUUUACUCAGGUGGCACAGACUCUGAUGAACCGCUCGAGUUCAAAUGUGACAUUUGUAACAAAGCUUUUAAAACUUACUUGAGCAUGAUGUGCCAUAAAAAGUGUCAUAACCGUAGAGAUAGACAAAAUAAUGCCCCGUCUCUGGUCAAUGUCCAAUCUGCAGUAGCAGAACAUUCAGUGGGCACAGUUACAUCUGAUGUCAUUAAUGAUAAUGAAGAUAAAUCGAAAUGUGAAAGAUGUGGAAAAACAUUUAAACUAAAAAUCAUGUUAAAGCGGCAUUAUGAAGUAUGUGGCAAGUUAAUAGACAAGGAACUGAAGAUAUCAAUAAAACCAAUUGAUGCUGUGUCUAGUCCUAGCCAAGAUAACAAAAUCGAUUGCCAAAUGUGUUCCACAAAAUUCAAGACAAUAGAAAACCUAGGAAAACACAUGAGGGUUGUACAUGCGGCGGUCCUUAAUACAGAUUCCCCGACUAUACAUAGAAACAAGCAUGGAAAAAUAAGUAUUCCAUGUUUUUAUUGUCGUAAACCAAUUGAUGAUUUUUACUCCCACUCUGCACAUUUCAGAGUUUGUCCAAAAAGAGAUGAUUCACUUAGCUUUAUUUGCACAGUGUGUGACAAGCCCUUUGUAAAAAAAUCUAGUUACUUUCUGCAUGUGAAAGCUCAUUUUUUUCCUGUCGCUAAUGUCAAAGCAUCCUUGUCCCCCCCUCCUAAAGUGUAUACUUGCCGUUUCUGUAAAAAGAGUUUACCUAAUCAAGAGUCUCUGAUAAGGCACUUAGCAGCUCACAUGUCAAAUAUGGACGAAUCUGUCAUUGAGGGAGACGAGGAAUCGAGGAGUACUAUGGAUGAUUCUACAUCUGUGAAAUCUGAGUAUACUAGUCCUACAAUUGUAACUGGACCUUUUCAAUGUGGGAUCUGUGAUAAAAGUUUCAAAUAUAAAAAAGCCUUAGAAACCCACAAUACAGUUAAACAUUCUGAUGUCAUAUUCAAAACUGAACCACCAGAUAAAAAUACUUCAGACCUAUUACUAGAAACAAUAAACGAUUCCAAAGAUUGUUCAGAUUUUGAAUCGAGUAAUGACGAAGAGGAUGGUGAUAACACUUGCGACAUUUGUGAAAAACAGUUUUCUUAUAAAAGGCUUCUGUUAAACCAUAAAAGACUUAAACACAAUAUGAGUUCGGGAACCAAGAGGGCCAAGAUAAGUUUGAAAGAGUGUCUGGUGCGUUGUCAGAUUUGUGACCUCGAAAUGAAGGUGGGCGUGAUCAAUGAACACAACCAGAAACACAUUUCAGCAAACAUAAAACCGCGCAACCUCUACACUUGCGUAGAUUGUCCCGAUCAGCAGUUUAAGAGUUGUAGCGCACUCGCGAACCAUAUCAAAAUGGUGCAUCGAUUGAAUCAGCCCGCGCCGAAUCCGAAGGUCAUCGGGUCCCUACCGGAUCUGGCGGAUUUUUGUGAGGUCGUUGUGACAAAGGCGGAACCCCUGGAUGACAUCCAGAGUCACAACGAUAUCGGGGAGGCUUCCGCCUACGCGACGGUUAACGGUUUCACUUGCCCCACUUGCAACAAGGACAUGCCGACUCUGAUAUCUCUGAAGCGCCACAUGAACUGGCACACCAACGUCGGGAAGAAUAUGGAGAAAAAAAUCGAGUGCUUCGUUUGUAAAGAGGCAUUCAGAUUUCAAUGUCACUACAAAAUUCAUAUGAGGGAACAUUACAAUGACCCCGAUUUGGAUCCGAAGCACUUAACGUGCCCCAUCUGCAACAGGAAGAGCAAACAUCUUCGCGCCGCUCAAAUGCACAUGAAUUACCACAAACAAACUCGCUUCAAGACCAAAGACUACGAGUGCGCCAUCUGCAAAAGAGUUUUUCAGUAUAGGAAGGUGUAUCUGUCCCAUAUGGCGAUCCAUUUCAAGCGCGGGGAAUCCGCCAGCAACACCGUCAUCGGAUCGGCCGUACCCGCCACGGCCGACCGGACUCUAUUCGACGGAACGUACACUUGCAAGACCUGCAACAAAGUGUGCGAUUCCGAGUCGUCUUUGAAAUGCCACAUGAGCUGGCACAAUUCGAAGACACUCUUGUUUGGAGCGCGACACGAGUGCGACAUUUGCCACUUACAAUUCACGAACAAGGUGCGACUCAAGGUGCACACGCGAUCGCACUUCGAGGACGACAACGGUCCUUUCAAAUGCCACAUUUGCGCUAAGGGAUUCAUCGCCGAGGACUAUUACCGUCGGCACCUCAAAUCGCACAAUUUCGACCACCAGGACCACAAGAAGCGCAUCGAGAAGCUCAGGAAGGACAAAGUGAAGUGCCCCAUCUGCACCAGGUUCUAUCCGGACUUGGUUCGGCUGAUUCGACACUUGCGCCGAACGCACCCCGAGAGCAAAAUGAUCAAAGAAGAUCCGGACGCGCCGGCCCAAAUGUAUUAUCCGUGCAAGCUUUGCGCUAAAGUGUUUCUCGACGAACGAAGGUUGCAGCACCACGAAGAAGCGCACCUCCGCAAACCGGAAUUCUUCAAGUGCAAAUUUUGCGGCAAGAAGACGAUCUCGCUGAAAAAUCAUCGCAUUCAUAUUAAAGGCCACUUGACGCAGAAAUACCUUGACGAGCCGCUCAAGUGCCAGCACUGCGACGAAACCUUCUCGCGCGGAUACGAUCUCCACUACCACCUGCGCGACGCCCAUGACAUCGAAGAGACUUGGAUCGCCGACAGGAACCAGGGGGGUCUCGACGGUCCAUUGAAAGAUCUUCAGUGCGCCGUAUGCUACAAGGUCCUCGCGAGCAAAGGCAACUUCGAGAGGCACAUCGACUACCACAAUUCUCUUCGUUGCAACUACUGUCAUGAUUACUUCAGCACCUUGAGAUUCUUGGAAGGUCAUUUGGCUUAUAGUUGCGAUAAGAAAAAACUGAUCGGUGACACUGAGACUCACCCGCGGAAGGUGAAGUGUCACAUCUGCUACAAGGCCUUCCAUGUACAGGUCAAGUUAGAUUGUCAUCUGCGAACUCAGCACGACAUAACGUCUUUCCGGGAAGCCACCGAGAGUAAAAAGGAAAUCGUUUGCGAUUAUUGCUUCCGAGUGUUCGAGAACGACGACGCGCUGACCACGCACAAGCUCUAUCACAGAACUGUGGGACACUAUGGGUGCAUAUAUUGCAGUAGGAAGUUCAACACCUUGACCGCUUACAACAAACAUAAGAACCACCACUUCUCCCAACUCAACGUGGACAAUCCCACAAAGUGUGAGCAUUGCGAUGAAACUUUCGUGGCUUUUCGGGAGUUUAUUUAUCACAUGCGCGACGUGCACGCCGACAACAAGGAGUGGAUAGUGCUCCCGAAAGAGUCCGUCGAGGAGAAGUGCAACAUUUGCGACAAAGUGUUUUAUAACUUGCAUCGGCAUCUGUCCUAUCACGAGGAGAACAGGUGUAAGAAAUGCGGAGAGUAUUUCUUUUCGCGAGCGGACUUCGACAACCAUAUUUGCCACAUAGACAGCGAAGACGAGGUCGUCGAAAACGGAAACAAUGACAUUAGACCGAAAUACGAGGAAUGCGGAUUUUGCUUUAAGCCCGUGACAGCGAAAACGAAGAAGAAGCACGACAUCCUUCAUAGAGGUUCUGGAUCCAUCUCGUGCCGGUUUUGCACUCUCAAGUUCAAAACGAUCGACGCCUUCAACAUCCACGCGUUCUCACACAGAAGUCGCAAAUACAAGAAGGUUCCGUUGCGCUGUCGCAUCUGUCGCGAGCAGUUCGUCAAGUACGGACCGUUCAUGCGCCACAUGAAGUCCGUGCACAAGUGUAACAAGAAGAUGCAUUACCGAACGACGAUCAAGCCCGAAAAGUGCAUCGUGUGCGGAGACGACUUCCCCAAUCUGCACAAUCACUACCGAGCCCACUUGCUCAACCGAUGCCAAUCGUGCCACAAAUACUUCACCUCCGCGAAGGUGUUCUCGCAGCACGCGUGCGACAAGGAGGAUAGCGAUCCCUCCAAAGUGUUCACGAGCGACGCCAAUCUGCCCUGGCUCAUCGACGCGUACGUUCCUUUGGAUGAGAAAGACGAUGAAAAACUUUAUGGAUACGAAAACGGCGAAGACGCCACCGAAGAUAGCGGGCGACCUGAAAACGAAGACAGUCAGAACUCGACGGAGAGCUCUCUGCACGCUAUGGUACAUGCGCCCAUCAUAUCGGACGUGCUGUCGCUCUUGCAGAAGCGGGACGACGUCCACGUCGAGGGAAACGAGCGAAGCGCGAACCGAGAUGCCGACGUGGUCGAACUGACCGAUGAUGAUUCCCUAGGUUUCGAUAACAACCUAACGAUGACAAUCACUAUUGACGACGACUAA